ACGUACGUUUAUGGAAAGAAUGGACAUGACUAAGGCUGCAGGAUUUGAAUUUUUUUAAAACUUAAAAUUCGUUCUGCCCAGUGUUCAGUCUUUUUUACAGUUUUUAAAUUGCAUGCGCAAGAGGAGGAGAGGAGCUGUGGUUCUUUGAAUGAACGGGAGUGGAAUUUUCCUUUCUUCUUUUAACCACAAUUAAACCUGUCAUUAGUCAGUUGAAAAACUAAGUCGGCAGGGGAAAGCAGACAUGAUAACUGGAAUAAGGAUUUUUAAUGAAACGCGUGCUAUUUUUUUAAAAAUCUAAAUGAAAUUGUGGUUUUGUUUGUUCGGCAGUGGAAAGCCUUCAAUCUUUAGAACACAAACAUUUUUAAGGAAGGUGAGACUCGGAGCGCCUCAAUAUUCCAUGCCCUUUUCAUGUUGUAUUACGUUUAGUGAUUUGUGUCUGCACCUUCUCAAUUCUAUCUUGUUGCCUUUUUUUCUCUGACGACCGACACCAGGGCCUCUGCCGUUGGUGAUUGCUAGAACUCGGAUGCAAGUCCUGAAAGCACAUAACUCUUGUAUUUUAAUCUGCUGGACCUUUGCUGCCGACGUCUCCCCGACUUUAUCAUUUUUGACGGUCCUUUUUUUGAUUCUUAAAAGAUUAAUUCAAAGGAGGAGCGCAAACCCCUGACUCAUUGGAUGGACGGUGUUGACGCGCGAGUAGUGAUCCCAACUGUCUUGCUCCGUGCUGCAGACUGCGUCAGCACCAUCAGCCCCCGCUUUUUGCCGACUAUCAUCCAGAAAUCGCAAGCUUGACUUGUAAAAUGGAAACUGCAGGCGACACGAACCCCGAACCUCCACCGGAGGGACACCCCUGUGAGGUGUUCAGCAAGUCGGACACCGCAGAGAUACUUCGUGGGGGCAGCGACCCCCCGGCCGGCUAUCGGAGAGUCGUGCGCCAGCGCUUUGUUCGUCGAAGUUUGCUGUUUUCCGACUAUGAGGAGAUUACAUUUGAGGCCCCGGAUUGCUGUGACAAGAGCAAAGCUCUGAACAUUCACCUGCGCAGCCUGGUACAGCGGUCAUAUCUGCGGCAUGAGGAAGGCUCAAGCACCGAGAGCCGCCCGGAACGCAAGGGCAGCGCCACUGAGAGCAGCGCGAGUGCGGAGGAGGAGCUGCAACAGCAGCAGCAACCGCGCGCGCUACCUGGACCUCGCGCCCAUACUGCAACUCCGUCUGCCACAGAGGAUAACGAUGAAGAGGAUGAAGCAAAGAUGAAAGCUGUGGCUACCUCUCCUGAUGGUCGGUUCCUCAAGUUUGACAUUGAGCUAGGGAGGGGCUCUUUCAAGACCGUCUUUAAAGGCUUGGACACCGACUCAUCGGUGGAGGUUGCGUGGUGCGAACUACAGGAUCGCAAGCUAUCAAAGGCUGAAAGACAGCGAUUCAAAGAGGAAGCAGAGAUGCUGAAGGGCUUGCAGCAUCCUAAUAUUGUGCGUUUUUAUGACUCUUGGGAGUCUCAUGUUAAAGGGAAGAAGUGCAUUGUACUUGUGACUGAGCUAAUGACCUCAGGCACUCUGAAAACAUAUUUGAAGAGAUUUAAAGUAAUGAAGCCAAAGGUUUUACGCAGUUGGUGUCGUCAGAUUUUGAAAGGCUUAUACUUUUUGCACACUAGGACCCCUCCAAUCAUUCAUAGAGAUCUGAAAUGUGAUAAUAUUUUCAUUACUGGCCCAACUGGAUCGGUAAAGAUAGGUGACUUAGGCUUGGCUACUUUAAAAAGAGCUUCUUUUGCCAAAAGUGUAAUAGGUACUCCAGAAUUUAUGGCUCCAGAGAUGUAUGAAGAGCACUAUGAUGAAUCGGUUGAUGUGUAUGCCUUUGGGAUGUGCAUGCUUGAAAUGGCUACCUCAGAAUAUCCAUACUCGGAGUGCCAGAAUGCCGCACAGAUUUAUCGGAAAGUCACCAGUGGUGUGAAACCGGCAAGCUACAACAAAGUUUCAGAUCCAGAAGUUAAAGAAAUUAUUGGAGACUGCAUAUGCCAAAACAAAGAAGAGAGGUAUGUAAUUAAAGAUCUCCUGAAUCAUGGAUUCUUUGCAGAAGAUACUGGAUUGAGAGUGGAGCUGGCCGAGGAAGAUGAUGGCAAGAAAUCAUCAAUUGCACUUAGGCUAUGGGUUGAAGAUCCAAAGAAACUGAAAGGCAAAUACAAGGAUAAUGGUGUUAUAGAAUUUAGUUUGGAUCUGAUAAAUGAAAAUCCAGAAGAUGUAGCUCAGGAAAUGAUUGAUUCUGGAUUCUUUCAUGAAAGUGAUGCAAAGUUGCUUGGAAAGUCAAUAAGAGAUAGGGUAUCAUUAAUAAAGUGGAAAAGAGAAAAGCAGUGCCCAGUAUUGGUAGAUAAUAGACAUAUGGAUGAAGAAUUUCCAGAGAAGCUGAAACUGGCUCAGCAGCUCCCAACUGGUGUAACUGGUUCCGUCAAAACUGAACAGGCAGUUGUUGCUGAGUCUGAGGAACCAGAAGCUGAUCAAUAUAUAUCACUGCACAAUGUGCAUCCCAGCACCCCCUCUUUGAAAUCUGUCAAUAUGGCUGAUAGGUUUUUGGAACCAAAUGCAUAUCUUGGAUCUCAGUGCAACCAACACAGCACAGUGUAUCCAACUAUUCUGGACCAUGCACACUCAGCUGUACAGAAGAGUGACCAUCAGGUUCCUCAAGCCUACGUCCACCCUUCAGCACCUGGCAUUCCUGUUGCUCCCAGUGCCACUUCCAUUUUGUCCCAGUCAUUGGAGGUCAUUCCUGGCCAAGUGCAAGUUUUGACACCUACUUCACAGUAUUGUCAGCAGCUUCCUGUUGCUCCAGCUCUUGCUUCUCAUCCUGGAUAUGAUGUCUUCCCACCUGCCUUGUGUAGUAUCACCCCUGUGUCUGCUCCCUACUUCUCUUCUGGACCAGCAAUAUCUUCUGUUUCAGUGCCUCAACCAGUGUCAGUCUUUGUUUCUCAAGCAACUCCAACCAUUGGCUCUUCAAACCUUGCUAAGAACUCCACAACUCUACAUUGUAUGGGAACUGUUAAUUCUGAAGUCCCUACUGUGCUUGCACAGCCCUGUGUGAUUACUCUUCCACAGCAGCACAUCCAGGCAUCGGCUGUAUCAUUGGUUACUCCUGAUGAUACCCUUCCAGUCAAUGUAAUACACAGUUGUGAUACAAUUCCUUUGCUGCAGCCGAAGCUGACUCCAAUAUGUAAUCUCCCUCUACCUGCUACUGAUAUUUCUGGAAAGAUUCCCAGUGUUAAAGAAGAUGAAAAACACAUACAAAUCCAAGUGUAUUCCUCAUCUAAUACUGCUGUCCAGCCUUCAGUUCAUUUAGAUAAAAUAACUGGGUGUGGCUUGCUCCAGACUAUGCAGACCCCAGCCCCACAUGCAGAUGGGCCUCAUCAGAACCUGACGAUGUCAGACCAACCAUCAGUAGAUAUUUGUCAAGAGGUUGAUGGGGCCACAACACAAGCUGGAGAUGGUUCAGUCUAUGCCCUGCAUGACCCUGAGACCCCCCCGAUUGAUAAAGCGAGUUCUUUGCAAGAAAAAUCUCUCCCAUUGCACACUUGUUACUAUGACAGCAUGAAUUCAGAUGUUGCUUCAGGUAAGGAAAUGAGUGAUGGCUGUGAUGGAAUGCCUGGUGGAGGAAAGCAUGAAGGUAAAGUGAGGAGACAUCAUCGCAGAUCAACCAGAACCCGCUCCCGGCAAGAGAAGACCAGCAAGGCCAAGCUUACCAUAUUAAAUGUUUGUAAUACAGGGGACAAAAUGGUAGAGUGUCAGCUUGAAACUCAUAAUCACAAAAUGGUGACUUUUAAGUUUGAUUUAGAUGGUGAUGCUCCAGAGGAAAUUGCAACAUACAUGGUUGACAAUGAUUUCAUCUUACAAACUGAAAAGGAGUUCUUUAUUGAACAAAUGAAAGAUAUCAUUGAUAAAGCUGAGGACAUGCUGAGUGAAGAUACAGAGGGAGAGAGGAGUUCUGAUCAAGGAACAAGCCCCCAGCAGGGAGCAGUAUCUGGAAUGGACUCUGAGGAGGCUGGAGUGAGUUGGCAGUCACAUACCAAGCAGCCUGUUUAUCAACAAAAUGUGCUCCAUACAGGAAAAAGAUGGUUCAUUAUUUGCCCAGUGGUGGAAAGUAGAUCUGCUAGCAUUGAAGAAGUCUCAACCACUCCCCAGUCAUCUGCUGUGCAAGAGUCCAGGAUGUCAGCCUCCCUUGCUGGAGGGCUUCAGACUCAUUUGGAAAAUUCGGAUCUACACAACAAUACUUUGCCUUCUGCUGAUAUUGCCUCCUCUUCAGUGGUUUCAUUGGCCCCAUUAGCACAUCAGUCUGUCCCAUCUAAUUCUGUUUCAGUAGUUGAUGAUCAGCCUCCGUGUGAAAUAUCCAGAAAAGUGGAGAAGAAUGAUUUUUGUUUGCAAGGUGAUAUUACAAAAUCUAUUUUGGUUGAAGAGCCUUCUAAUGUACCCCUUGCACCACAGCACGCUGUUCAGAAAAUUACAGAGAUUGACUGUGCUACAGAAGUAACUGAUACCACAUGCUGUCAUAUUGUACCACCAAUAGACCGGGACAUUACCACUGUUCAAGCAGUAAACUCUUCCCCUGUUCUUGAUAUAAGUGCUCAUCAAGCUGAGCAACAGUCUUCUGCAUGUCGGGUAGAGUCUGAUCAGCAGCCUGUGGUCCUGCAGCAGCCAUGCGCAGUACAGAUGCAUUCGACAGUUAACACUGCAGGAGCCCUCUCCUCUUCGCAGCCCCAGAGCCCUGUUCAAGUUCCACACCCAUCUUUGUCAUUCCAGACCACCAUUCAGCAGGCCACCUUGGUGGAGUCUGAUGGAGAGGGUCCUCCAAGACUGGAAUUUGCAGAUAACACAAUCAAGACUUUGGAUGAAAAACUGCGUACUUUGCUAUAUCAAGAGUACAUGCCCUUGUCUAGUGCGUCAAGUAUGACGGAAACGAUCAGUUGUGCUUCAGAGGUUUCCUCUAUUCCUCCAGUUCAAGGAGAUUUCCCAAAUGGUAAUGACAAUAUGGGAAACUCUGGACAAGAUAGCUACCUCUACAAAGAGCUACUAACUGAAAAUGCAUCUAUUCCUGAUGUGUUCCUUGAAGCUUCAGUCAAUUGUAUAUCUGGUUUGAAUCAGUCACCAGAAAUCACUUCAAAAAUACCUCAGACUCCUUGCCUUUCCACAGGACCUGUCAAGAUUUCAGACUGCAAAUACACACUGCCAUGCUCCCCUUUACAGAGUCCAAUGUCUUUCAGCAACAACCAGAGUGAAUUUAGUAGAAAAGGUCCUGUUAAAGAUGAAGGAUCGCCUGCUCACAAUAGAGAAGGAACAGUUCCUCCAUCUGCAGCACGUGGUUUACCAAAGAACAGAUUUCAGAUAGUUUCCACUCCACCAGAUAUUGUACGAAAACUGGAUAGAACCAAAAAGUAUAGAAACCAGUCAUGGUCCUCCCCUCCACAAGAUUACAAGGUUUCUUCACAGCAAAGCCCUUUGGUAACUGCUGCUGUGCAUUCAGAAUUUACAAAGCCUAAAAGCAACAGACUGAAUCACUGUGAUGAUGUAUGCUCCAUAGAGAAUGAUCUUCCAAUAACAACAAUUGGUAGGUUUUCAGUUGUCAGUAUGAAAGAGGAGGAGAAAAGAGCAAAAACACCACCCUCUAACAGGUACUCUGCACCGCCUAUUUUUUACAUGGAUGCUGCUUCCUUGAGCCAAGAACAGAAGCCAGUGGUUCCUCGCACUCACACAUCUGUCUCUGUUGAUGUCACCAUUCAUGACCGCAAUUCUACUGACUCUGGUGAAGAUUCUGUUAGUGUAAAGCAUGCUGCAGUUCAGUCUUCAGGUGCAGGUGAUCAAAGCAGCAAUGACCUUAUGAAGAAGGCAUUUGCUCUCCUGAAAAGAUCUGGAAAAACAAACGUUAUGCAAGAGCAAAACUGCUCAAAGAGCAAAGAUACAAAUAUCCCAUCCAUAAAUGUCACUUCAUUUAAUUCCCAGGCAUCCUAUGUCAGCAGUGACAAUGAUUCAGAGUUUGAGGAUGCAGACAUGAAGAAAGAGUUACAAAGACUAAGAGAGAAACACAUGAAGGAGAUUUCAGAAUUGCAAUCUCAACAAAGAGGAGAAAUCGAAGAGUUGUACAAGAAACUUGGCAAGCCGUUGCCUCAUUCAGUAGGCUUUCUACAUGCAGCACCUCCUACAGGACGUAGAAGACGAGCUAGCAAGAACAAGCUCAAAGGAGGGAAGCUGUUGAAUCCACUGAUGCAGCAGCUGAAGAACGUGGCAACUAAUAUCGGCAGCACUGAUACUUCUACAAAUGUGUCCCCUGCUUUUGGAAAAAGCACUUGUGUUGCUGAAGAGAUGCCAGUAUUUGUGCCUCAAGCUCUUCCUUCCUCUGCUUCAGUCACCCCUGCCUCUGAACCAGUCCACACUCAGCAGCCUUGUUCUGUCAAAGGUUCAGUUUCCUCGGAUAAUAUCUACGCAACCGUUGUCAGUGAUGGGAGUGCAGCUCACAACAAAGUGAAUCAAGGCUGGACAGUUUACCACCAAACGUCUGAGAGAGUGACCUAUAAAUCUAAUAGCAAACCUCGUACCAGAUUCCUCAGUGGACCUGUGUCUUUGUCCAUCUGGUCUACUCUGAAACGGCUAUGUCUAGGCAAAGAGCGCAGUAGUAGGGCCUCCAAUAGCAACAGCUCUGGUCCUGUGACGUCCAAUCCACAGCUGCCAUUGCAGCCAUGCCAAGGACUUGCACUAGCACAAGUCAAUAACAGCAACAACAAAAAAGGCAUGUUCACAGAUGAUCUGCACAAACUGGUGGAUGACUGGGCUAAGGAGACUGUAGGGGCCACACAGCUGAAGCCCUCCUUAAACCAGAUCAAGCAAAAACAGCAGUGGAGAGAUAUGGAGCCUAAAAUGAAAGACCCUGAGAACAAGGUGAAAAGCACAAGUACACCCAGAAACAAAUAUAAUCUCCCUCUGUCAUGUCCGAUGUCUGCAGCACUGCCACCAGGGAUUUCACCAGCCAUGUCAGGGACUUCUGUCAGCCUAAUGCCACCGUAUCUUUUACCAAGCUGUCAGUUUGCAGGUGUUAUGCCAGCAUCACUGUACAACAUUCAAUGGCCUGGCCUUACGGGGCCAGCUGGGGUCCUGGGGGCAGUUUCUGUGCCAGUAUUUCCUUCUCUCAGCAAUACCAGCUUCCAGGCAUUUCCUUUAACUGUGCAAAAAUCUGUUGUAAACCCACCAGGCCCAAACAUGAGGACUACCUAGCUGCUGCUGCUACAGGUCUUGCCAUAGAGGAAGCUUUACUGGGAGGUUUAGUGGCUUCUAAAAUGGCAUUGUGAGCCCAUUGAGCACACACAGCCAUAUGUUGCAUCUUGCAAUCACUGUGAAACAUUUUCACAAAGAGUAGAAGUUACUACAGCAAAAGGAGACUGAGGAGGGAAGACAGCUGUGGUAACUUCUUAAACAAUUAAAGACACAUCAUGUGCUUUUGUUCAAGACACUAGGAAUAAAAAGUUUUGCCUAUACUAUGUUUUUUGGAAAAGAAUAAAUACCCUGGAAGAGUAUAUAUAGUGCCUUGGAAAUGCUUUCCAGAUUCUUCUGGAGACAGAGGGGACAGUAGACAUAUUUUACUUUCUUUUUGGAGUUUUUCACUUUUUAAUUUUAUUUUUAUUUUUGUAGAUUGCAGGGAGUUAAUUUGCAUUCAUAAAACUGCUGUACUGGAAUUGGUUGUAAAUACCUUUAUUUACUGUAGUUUUAAUCAUUUUUAGUUUUUGAGAGCCAGCUCUUUGAAAUCCCUCCUUCCUUUUCAUAUUUUACUUUCAUGGACCACCAGCAGCAAACCUUUGAUGUCUGAUUUAUAUACCCAAAAGCAAUGCUGCAUGUGCUAGUUGAGAAUAAACAAAUUGGCCUUUUUAUUCUUUUAAAUAGACAUUUUUUUUAUUUCUCAUUAAUCCCAUUAACAUCCCAUACACUAGACUUGUCUUAUGAUUUCAUUUAAAUUUGGUCCUUCAAUAAAAUGGUUCCAAAGUACAAAUGAAAACAAGAAAAUUUGAACUGUAGCCGGCUGUGCUCCUUAAUACACAUAAUUUUGGUAUAAAUAGGAAAUCUCAUUAGAUAGUAAUAUUGGUGUUACUCCAGCUAUAAAAGCCGGAUUAUGGUUUCUUCACCCGUUUUCAUUUUUUUAUUAAUACAUACACCUCUUUUUGCACAAUGUUUUAAAUAAAUGCAUUUACAACAGUGGGAUAAAAUGUGAUACGUUACUGCACCUGAUUUUUUUGUUCUUUACACUGUUUUUUAGGGGUUGUGCAAUCACAGACAUUUCAGUUUACAUUCCAAUUAUGAUUUUGCUGAUUAGGUUUGAACUUCCUUGCUGCUAGUAUUUCCUUAGAGAAGCACAGAAUGCCAACUUAUCUGGCUACAAAUUGUGAUUGUGAUAACAUUUCCAUGACUUUGACAGAGGCAAACAUGGUGCUCAACCAAUAUAGGUGUGUUGUGCCUUGUUAAAGUAGUAGGACUUGAAAAAUCCAUGUUGAUUGUGCCCAUACACAAAGCUGUGUAAACCGUGAGAGCACAAGUGUUUAUAGUGUUCACAUUUCCUUUAUCAAUUACACCACUGAGCAGUGUCCUCCUAAGCAUUAUAUAUACUGUAUAUAAUGCUUAUAUAUAACAGCCACACACUAGAUUGGUAGAUCAUGCAAAAAUAUGUCUGUUCUCAGUCAGAAAACAAAGCAAACCCAAGCAGACAUAGUGUUUGUUCUCAGAUGGCACUUGCGUUCCACGGCACCUCCUGUAGUGGGUACCACAUGUAGAUGCAUUGGAAAUGUCUUGGCACAUCAACUUUUAUCUCCAUUUCUUCUCCUCAUGCAGCAUCAUUACCAGCUACACAAAAGCUCAAGAGCAGAAUUGUCUUAUUCUAUGGAACUACAAAUUACUACUGCACUUUAGUUGGUAUUUUGUUCUUUCCUGUCCUCCUCCUACAUUAAAUUAAUUCAGUUUUUACCUGUUGAUUUUUGUGUCUGAGUACGGUGCUUCCUGCCAUUGAAAAUUUCUGUUCUCUGCUCCCUAUGUCUCUUUAUUUAAAGCCAUGCUUGGAUGCUUCAGGGGACUCAAUGCAGGGCGCUUUUGAUGCUUGCACUAUAUGUCAGACUUGCUUUUUGCCUGUUGGAUAUUCCUCUUAUGUUGACUGACUGAGUCAGUGGCACUUGAUCACAAAGAUUGUACAUCUUUAAAGAAAGAAAGAAAUAAACAUAUUUUGUGCUUGGGAAAAAAAAAACUGAUUUUUGAUCUCUUAUUGUCAUAAUCAACAUUUUGUGUCUUCCGCAAUCAAAAUCCGAUCUACUUAGUAUCCCUCUCAGGAAAUCGGUUUGUUUUUGCUCAAGUAAAGAUUCUCUUAACAUUAUUCUUAUCCUCCUGUUAAUGAACAAUUAAAUCCUAUGUUUUUGUUUGAGAGUGAUAGCAAAUUGUUAAUUUUUAAUUUCCACUUGGAGAAACUUUCCCCAACAGGCAUUACAGGCAGGCUUUGAAAUAAUGUCAGAACUGUGACCACUGCUUUACAUUUCACUGGGAUGUGAGUUAAGUACAAGACUAGGCUGAUAUUUAUAAAUUAUAUAUGAUGUUCAGACAAGAUUGUGCAAACGAUAGAGAAAACAGUUAAGUACAAACUGAUUCAGUAAGCAAGGUAUGUAUUGGAUGCAAAGUUACCUGUUUAUCAUUCUCAACUAUCUAAGAAAUAAUUGUUCUCCUUCGUUAAAUCUUUUAUCUUAUCCUUGAAGUGUACUAUUGUACACUAUUCCACCACCCUUUAAAGAAAUCUGACAAACACCAGCUUAGUUUGUCGAGACUAAUGAGAAUAUGCAGCAGCACAGUGAAAACGUUCAUCACUUUACGGUCACCUGUAGAUACUACAGAAGGUUAUUUCUUAAACUGUGUUCUGGGAGCUCUGGAGUUCUGUGAAAACUUACUGGAGUUGCUGUGACCCAUGUAGCUACUGGAAAAAUGACUAGCCACAAUUUAAUGCAACACUGAUUGCAUCUCUGGGCACACUGAUUUGAGCUCACCCAAACCAGAAGGGAGAGGUUCUGCUGUCUGUUGGGAGCAUGCAUUGAUAACGCGCUGCUGCACCCACCGCACGAUGAACCACCUGGAUUGGGACCGGAGUUCAGUGGGUGACACCUCGACACCACACUGGAACAGUGUGUGAGGUUAAACGUCUCUGAGUCUGAUGCAUGCAGUGCUACAAUCAUCACUGUACAUCUAGUUGUGUGCAUUAAUUGAACUGAAGGUAAUUAAUAAUAUCGUGGUUAUUUUUUUUAUUUUAAUUCUGUUACCAACAGGAGUAAACAACACCAGUUUUAUUUAUUUUUUUAUGAUAUACGGAUAUUUGCUGGUUUCAUGAGAUUAUUUUUGAAAAGACUUUGCAAUGACCCAAGAGAUGAAAUAAUUAUAUUAUUAAAGUAAAACUGUGACAUUGUACAAGUCUUCAAAGGUACAGAUUGCAACAUGAAGUUUGGUUACUUUGCUGGACAUACUUCAGCUUUUGAAAAAGUUUACCCUUUCACAUCAGGAAACACACAAAACAAUAUUUCAGUUAUAAUAAAAUAGAAGACCCAAAGAAGAAAAUUUAAACUUUGGAUAGAGAGAGUUGAAAACAACUUCAUUGAUAACUUUAAAUCUUAACUGACCAAAUUAAAUAUGCAGAAAAAGGAAAUGAAAAUUACAAUUUUAACCAACUAAAACUUGUGAUCACAUGUUUAGAAAAUGUCAUUUUUAAAGACUAUAUUUCUAAAAGUCAGAACUUGGUUUUUGUUUGGUCACUUCUGGAUCCAUUUAAUCUCAAAGAACAAGUACAAAAUGAUCCAUCUACAAAUGAAGAUGCGUGUGUUGAUCUUUCCUCAGAUAUUAAAUUUGAGGACUAGUUUAUUUCUUGAAAAUUUUAGGUAAAAAAUAAUAGAUGACUAUAUAAGAAACCUCACCUGGAUGCACUAGGACAAUGUUGACUUAUUUUGUUUUCUUAUUGUCUCACUUAUUUUUCUAUUC